AUGUCUCAACUACCCUCUUCAACUGAUAUCCUAGUAACAGGCGGCGGCAAUGCAGGGCUCAGGCCCGCCCUCUCAGCAGCUGAAACAAACCCGGCUCUUACAAUAACCGUCAUCAACAAAGUCUCAAGACCUGGGCAGGAGGAAAUACCUACUUCGCAGCGGGAGCCUUCCGUACAACCCACGGAGGUCUCCCAGACCUCCUCCAGCUAG